AUGCUGAGUGAUGGCCUGGUUGAGAAGUCCGAUAGCGCGCCGACUCCUUGCGAGCUACAGCUCCAGUACGUCUACGGGAUAAGAUCUUUCGACACGAGGGACAUCGUUCACUACCUUGACAGCAAUCACAUCGUGUAUCCGGCUGCUUCGCUGGUGGUAAUUUACGACAUCGCCCAUCACACCCAACAGUUCUUCGACGAGCACGACGAUGACGUCAUCAGCAUAGCUAUACAUCCCAGCAAGAAAUACAUCGCAUCUGGGCAGGUCGCGUCUCUAAGGCGUCGCACGAGCGAAGGUCGGCCAUGUGCGUCUGUUCUGGUAUGGAACGCCUCGACGCUAAAGAGGAACAACCGUCCGGUGGAGGAGGUAGAGGCGCGAUGGUGCAGGGAGGAUGUUGGAAGUUUGACGCUGGCGUACUCAAGGGAGGAUGGAAGAGCAGAGGUGUACUGGCGCGGGACCUCCAGCACAGGAUUCAUUCCCUGGACUUCGAUCGCUCUGGCAGGAACUUGGUACCUGCGCAAGACGAAAGUUGGCAAGACGGCUGACCAUAAGAGUGUGUUGUUCGCUGCUUGCCAGGUUGUCUUCGGGGGAAAGAGCGACGCAAGUGCUAUGAUCGUCGUGUACGAGUGGGAGACAGGCAGGACGCUCUGGCAGCUAACGGCUGCAACAAACCUUGUCACCUCUGUCAAGCACAACCCCGUCAUCCCAACGCAGUUUGUUCAGUGUGGGGACCGAGGAGUGAGAUACUGGGACUAUGCGACCGCUGCCAGCAACCCGGAGGCUGCCUCCAAGAGCGCCUCCUACCUCAAGCUGACCCGCAAACCCUGUCAAGGGAACUGUGUGGCGUUCACGGAUGACGGGCAGGCUGCGAUUGUUGGGAUGCAGAACGGGAUGAUAAUCUUCUUUGGGAAUAAGGGGACGGAGAUCGUCGGGCUGGAGCACAUCAAAGAUGCUCACGACGGAGCGGUCCUCUGCCUCCUGGUCUGCGAUGGCCUGCUGGUCAGCUCAGGACAGGAUGCAUACAUCAAGGUCUGGGAGUUCCAGUGGGCAGGAGAUCAUCUGGUGAAGCCUGCCAGGCUGAUCAGACAGGUCUCCGUCCGGGGAUACUCGACCAAGGUGCAUGAGUCGGUAGCGUCUGUGACGAGCAUGGACUACAUGGAGGGGAAACUUCUGUGUGCGACCAACACACACUACGUCCUUCAGAUCUCACUGGAUCAGAUGGAGCUCACUGACCACCGCGCUGCCUUCCAUCGGAAUCAGAAGCUGGCACGAGGUCAGACAGGCGCGCAGCAUUUCAUGAGGCCCCAUGUGUCCAUCCGAUCUACCGCUGACAAGCAGGCUGAUUCGACUCAAAGGUCGCGACUGAGGCCUUCGAUGGCAGCAGAGUACUACAUUCCCAGUGUUACGUCAACACAGAGGCAAGAAACUCCUACAACCCCGGAGGAGUUGGAGAGCCUGCAAGACAACCCUGGGCUCUCUCAGGAGUUCAUCUGCACGUGUGGAGACGACUGCACUUUGCGGAUCUGGAACACAAACAUCCGGAACCUCCACAGACUUGAGAACGGGAGGAUAGCGGUCGCCGACAUGGGCAUCCCUGGCGUCUGCUGCGACGUCUCGUCCGACGGCAGGCUCGUCGCCGUCGGUGAAGCAUGCUCCCUCGUCCUCGUUGGGUCGUGA